UUAUUUUUGGUCAUCCAGACUUCCAAGUGUCACGAAAAAUUGUCGAUGUCAAUGGCCUUGCUUCUGAGUAAGGAAUGGACCAAGUUCCAGAACUUCUUCUCCGCUAUGAGGUGCAGAGUGAUUCUGCUGAGAACUUCAGGAAAUCUGCCAGGCUACCUCACUUCGAACUUGUCCGAGCGUCGUGGGACGAAAUCGGUUAAUAAAUUCAUGAGGCGAUUUUCGAAAGAUUUUACUGUACUGAAAGAAUUUGCUGUCGAUGCGCCGCAAAAGCGACUAUUGACGUCUAUGCUUUCAUCCAUCAUGCUGUGUGAUCCUGGGAGCGGAUCGAGUAAUAAAUACAACCCGGGAAACCGAAAUGAGCCCCCGAAAAGACAGAGUGGUGGUGGAUCCGACGGCGAUGACAAGAACAAUAUGAAUAACCUUUUAUUCAAAGCAUUGCUGUGGAUGAUAACAGCAAGGCUGAUGCUUACACCGAGACGGAUAUCUGGAGUUGUUGCUUUGUUCGUAGGGUAUAUGUUCAUCGCGUUCCUGUCCGUGGUGUUUCCCAGCAAGAGUCAGUCGCCAGAAAGCAUGAGGUACAUCUCGUGGAACGAAUUCAUGCAUCAAAUGCUGUCUCAUGGAGAAGUGGAUCAUGUCGUUGUUCAUCCGGACUUGGACCUAGUGACUGUUGUGUUGCACGAAGGCGCAGUGAUUAAAGGAAAACGAUCAGACGGUAAAAUUUAUCACAUGAAUGUUCCGGAUGUCGCUGGAUUCGAAGCAAGAUUGAGAGAAGCCGAAGCGAAACUCGGGGUGUCCCAGGAUUCUGGCAUUCAGGUGGUCUAUGACCGAUCGUCAGACACGAAUAUCGUUCGAUUCCUGGUUGCCAUCGCUAUGAUCGGAAUGUUGGCAAUAAUCUUGUCGUCUGCGCUUGGGGGCCGAAGCGGGGGCGCUGCAGCGUCGUCAAAGUUUCGGACAGGUUUUGACCCCUUCGGCGGGUUAUCGAGAGCUAAAUUUACGAUUGUGGAUCCCUUGACGGGCGAAGGACGAGGGGUCAAGUUCUCGGAUGUGGCGGGCUUGAAAGAAGCAAAGCAGGAAAUCAUGGAAUUUGUGGACUACUUGAGAAGACCGAAUUUCUAUUCUAGUCUCGGAGCCAAAGUGCCUAGAGGUGCACUUUUGCUUGGUCCGCCUGGGUGUGGGAAAACAAUGCUUGCGAAGGCAGUUGCGACGGAAGCAAGUGUCCCGUUCUUCGCCAUGAACGGAUCGGAGUUCAUAGAAAUGAUAGGCGGACUGGGAGCAGCGCGUGUUCGUGACCUAUUCAAAGAAGCAAAGAAACGCACUCCUUGCAUCGUGUUCAUUGAUGAAAUCGAUGCUGUUGGACGGAAGCGGUCUUCCGGUGGAGCUGGUGGAUUCGAUGGUUCAACUGGUGAAGGCGAGCAAACUUUGAAUCAGCUGCUGGUUGAGAUGGAUGGCAUGGGAACAGUUGGCGGGAUUCUUGUGAUCGGCGCCACAAAUCGGGCGGAUAUCUUGGACCGAGCAUUGUUACGGCCUGGAAGAUUUGACCGUCACAUUAACAUCGAUCUCCCGAAUUUGAUCGAGCGCGAAGAAAUUUUCCAAUCUCACCUUCGCAACGUCGUGCUGGAAAAACCACCUGAAACGUACGCGAGGCGUCUCGCGUCUUUGACUCCAGGAUUCACUGGAGCAGACAUUGCGAACGUGGUUAACGAAGGGGCUUUGCACGCAGCGCGAGAAAAAGGCAAGUUUGUUGCGAGUGAAGAUCUGGAGUAUGCGAUUGAGCGGGUAGUUGGAGGGAUGGAGAAGAAAUCGUCUGCCUUGAGUUUAGAGGAUAGAAGAGUUGUUGCAUAUCACGAGUCUGGUCAUGCGCUGCUUGGCUGGCUGCUUGAGCACACGGAUGCCUUGCUGAAGGUGACGAUAGUACCUAGGACGCAAACCGCUUUAGGCUUCGCACGGUACGACACGACGGAGAAACGCCUGCUUUCCAAGGAAGAGUUAUUCGACAGGAUGUGCAUGGCUCUGGGGGGCCGGGCUGCUGAGUUGCUGGUAUUCGACAGAGCAACCACUGGUGCUCAGGAUGAUUUAGAAAAGGUUACAAAAAUGGCCUACGCCCAAGUCCGUAAAUAUGGGUUGAGUCCCGCUGUUGGUCCGAUUUCGUUCCCAGACACUGACGAAGACUCCCGACUCGGCCGCCGUCCAUACAGUAAAUUUCUUGCCAAUCUCAUCGAUGCGGAAUCCAAGAAACUCGUUACCAAGGCAUUCUUGAAGACUCAAGAAAUCAUGAAUGGAAAUCGAGAGAAGUUGGAACUUCUCGCGGAACAUUUAUUGACCCAAGAAGUGUUGAACUACGACGACGUGGAAUCACUUAUUGGACCCCCCAAGUAUCCGAAGAAAAGGCUGUUGGAACCCUCUGAAUUUGAGAUGGAUCUCCAACGAGAAGCUGGCGGUAGCUCGAGUGAACCGAGCGAAGAUAGCAGAACGUCGGACGAUAAAACCUAGCCUAUUCGCAUUGUUCUGUGAUUAGAAGUUCGAUUCUUGAUUAGAUUUUGGUAAUGACCGCUUCGUUCUCUCGUCUUUCAAUUUCGAGUGCAUUUCGCUUGGAGAAGUCCUUGGUAGUUCGAGCUGAGCUGAACUCUUGAGAGAGCAGAAGGGAAUUGCGUUUCCAUCUGCGGUUCAAUUGUGCUUGAGACGAAAGCUAAGUUGUGAAAGAUGUCGGAUUUCCGCGCAAGGCUGAGAGAAAAUUCCCACAUGUCGCCGAAGAAUAUUAUUAAAAUUUCUUGUGCACUUCGUCGACGUAUUCUGCUGUGACUUGGGUCAUAUUUCUCAUCUCUCUUGGUCAUAGAAAAUGAGUUUUCCACCAAUGCGUAUAUUGGCAUUUCUCCUAUCCUGUGAUUAAGUUGCUCUGAGACUUCAAUAGAAAUCAUGGGACCGAAUCAUGAAUUCGAAAGUCGCUUAUAGAUUAAAUGGCUAACGGAUGCUGAUGAAAUGGUACAAUAUACUGAAUGAUCCUCUCUUCUAUAUCGUCAAUUUUAGCAACAUUCUCAAUUUUUUUAGGUGAGAGAUGUGAUGAAUAUAUGGAGAACGAUGCGAUUUAUGUUUUCGAAAUGAUCGUAUCAAUCCUUGGGACUGAUUUGAUAAUCUAACCAGGCCUACUUUUGCGAAAAAUUCCACGUGGAAAAGUGCAUAAUGAAAGUCAAAUUUGCGGAAGUCGGGCAGCCUUUCUUUGAUGUCGAGAAAUGGAACAAAAUCUGGUCAUCCCUAGAUAUAUACUUCGACAUUGUA